AAUAAAACCCGCCAAAUAACAGACCUCGGAACCAGCAAAGAAGGAAAUAAAUCAGACUGAGCACAUAGGAACCUUCCUUUCUCUUUCCCAUCCCACUCUCCAAUAAGAAAACCUUCCUUACUUCACAAAGCUGUCAUCAACUCAACUUAUGGACCAUAACACAACUACCUUCUCAGUAACCAGUCAUCAGAAGAGCUACGAUUUUAAUGGGAAGAUUAUGUUAAGCUCAGUCGUCAUCAUGUUCGUUGUAGUUGUAAUCUUGGUAUGGUUCCACAGCCACGCCAAGAGGUUAUUUCACCGUCGUCAUGGCCAUUCCUCCGGCCAACACCGUUUCUCUUUCUCCUCCACCACUGAUAUUACCGACGAUGAUUAUAUAGAUGCGGUUUCUAAUCAACCUUUAGACCUCUCAACUCUAAAAAAAAUUCCUACUUUUGUUUACUCUUCUACCACCCACAAACAUCAGGCGGAAUGUGCUGUUUGCUUAUCAGAAUUUGAAGACAAGGAGAAAGGCCGUGUGUUGCCAAUUUGUAACCAUUCAUUCCAUGUUGACUGCAUCGACAUGUGGUUUCACUCUCACUCUAAUUGCCCACUCUGUCGAACACCGGUUCAACCGGAUAAUCCAGUCCGCCCAUCCACAAUAUCGGUGGACGAGGCGGUGUCAAUGAUUGAACCGGUCGGUUCAGUUACUGCAGCGGAGGAGGGUGAAACGGGUUGUUCGUCUUCUACUUUCCCCCCAGUGGAGCUAGUUGGAGUAAUAGUAGAAAUGCCUAGAGUAGAUUGUUGAGGAUUGGAUGACACGUGAUAGUUUCACCUGAAGAAAAUGAAAGUCUAGCUUUUUGAAGAGACGAUCGAUCGAUCGGCGCUUUUAGGAAAGUAAAUAGUAAAGUCAUACGCGCUCAUUGUAGCCUGACCAACUUCUGUCUGAUAUUAAAGGUGACAUUGACAAGUCAA